AUGGCUGCUGGUGCAAGGAAAUUCGCGCCUCUCAAGGAGGGGUCGGCAGCAAAUACCCACGUGCCUAGACUCAAGGGCAUUGUUUUCGAUGUGGACGGUACCCUCUGCCAGCCACAGAACUAUAUGUUUGGCGAGAUGCGAAACGCCCUCUCAAUCACAAAGGAAAUCGAUAUCCUCGACCACAUCUACUCGCUCCCCACGCCCGAGGAUAGGGAGAAGGCUAUGGAAUCAAUCCGGGAUAUCGAGCGCACGGCAAUGUCAAAGCAGCAGGCUCAGCCGGGCCUCGUCGAGCUGAUGACCUAUAUCGACAGCAAGAAUCUGCCGAAGGGCAUCUGCACGCGCAACUUUGACAUGCCCGUCGACCACCUGAUCACAAAAUUCUUGUCGGCCGUCAAGCCAUUCCACCCCAUCAUCACACGGGAGUUCCGGCCACCGAAACCCGAUCCGGCCGGCAUCCUGCACAUCGCGCGCUCGUGGGGGUUUACGCGGACCGGCGGCUCCUCCGGCGGCGGCAGGGAGGAGCUGAAGAAAGUGUUCAUGGGAAAUGGAGCCGAGGUCAAGUCGGAGGUCGUGGGGGCCGGCGACGGCACGUCUGAGCUGGACGCGGAGGUGAAGGGGGAGGAGGCUGACGCUAGUGGGUUGAUCAUGGUGGGUGAUUCGAUCGACGAUAUGACGGCUGGCCGGAGGGCGGGCGCGGCAACUGUCCUUCUUGUCAACCCUGCCAACGAGCACCUGGCCAAGCAUGAGCAUACCGAUCUGGUGAUUGGCCGGUUGGAUGAGUUGAUUCGUCACUUGGAGGAUGGGUUCACGGGAAGGGAGAUAUGA